AGAGCGGCGGGCGGCGAGUCGAGGCGCAAGGCAGGCAGGCAGAGUGGUGGUGCGCGGGUCUGAAGAAUGAAGUGGUCGGCCAGCGGCCGACCUGUACCGGCCUAGUCUGCGAGAGGAGCCACCUGAGCCGACCUGACCCAGCCGACGAGCGAUGGUCAUGGCCGCCGACGCUCACAAGGGCACCCCCAUCAGGGUCGGAUUCUACGACAUCGAACGCACUAUCGGCAAGGGAAACUUCGCCGUCGUCAAGUUGGCUAGACACCGAAUCACUAAGACUGAGGUGGCCAUCAAGAUAAUCGACAAAACCCAGCUGGAUGCCAGCAAUCUGCAAAAGGUGUAUCGAGAAGUGGCCAUCAUGAAACAACUCGACCAUCCACACAUCAUCAAGCUCUUCCAGGUGAUGGAGACCAAGAAUAUGAUUUACAUAGUCUCUGAAUAUGCAAGUCAGGGAGAAAUCUUUGAGUACAUAGCCAGGCAUGGACGAAUGCCGGAGAGAGAAGCGAGACGUAAAUUUUGGCAGAUUCUGUCAGCAGUGGAGUACUGCCACAACAGACAUGUGGUUCACCGAGAUCUCAAGGCAGAAAAUCUCUUGUUGGAUGCCAACAUGAAUAUCAAGAUUGCCGACUUUGGCUUCAGCAACUACUUCUCCCCCACCGGUCAGCUGGCCACGUGGUGUGGCUCACCCCCUUACGCAGCGCCCGAGGUCUUUGAGGGCAAGAAGUACACGGGGCCAGAAAUCGAUAUUUGGAGCCUGGGUGUAGUUUUAUACGUUUUGGUGUGCGGGGCCUUACCUUUUGACGGGCCCACCCUUCAGUCACUCAGGGACAGAGUUUUGUCGGGAAGGUUCAGGAUACCCUAUUUCAUGAGCUCAGAGUGCGAGUCACUGAUCCGCAAAAUGCUGGUGCUGGCGCCAGAGAAGCGGUUCACAGUGGAGCAGGUGAAGAAGCACCGGUGGAUGGUGGCGGAGGGACCGCCCCGACUGCUGCCCAGCUCAAACCAACCCUCCGGAGAACCCAACGAGCAAAUCCUCAGACUCAUGCAGAGCCUCGGAAUCGACGCCGCCAAAACCAAAGAGUCGCUGAACAACAGCAGCUACGACCACCACGCGGCCAUAUACUACCUGCUGCUGGAGCGGGUGCGGCAGCACCGCACCGGGGCGCCGACCUCGAACUCAGCGGCGCCGCACGCGCCGCCGCCGCCGUCGCUGGAGACGCAGCGGCGGCGGCCGAGCAGCAUCGCUGAGCAGGCGAUGCGCAAGCUGGACAGCAUGGCGACGUCGCCGGCGCGUGGAUUCAUGCAGCGGGUGCCGCCGACGGCGCCGAACUUCUCCAGCAGCACGCACAGCUCGACGGACGAGGGCGUCGAGACCGAUCCGGAGGCCGACGCGCCCCUCGCAGAGCUCAACUCCGCGCCUGCCACCGGACUCUCGCACCACCUCAGCUCAGACUCGGGCGCUUCUCAGGCGUCGACGUCUUUCUCGCCGUUUGAUAGCCUGGAGUGCGCACUGGACACGGAACUGGCCGCCAGCCUGCCGUCGUGCACGUCGCCCACGACGCCGACGCACCACGGCGCCAGCGUCAGCGCCAUCGCACCCGUCGGACGCGUCCUGCUCAGACACAACCCCAUCGGCGCCGGAAGGACGGCCACCAGGUCGCCCGUCGACUUCAGGGAGGGACGAAGGGCGUCAGACGGACUUGUCGCACAGGGCUGCCUGAGCAUGGCACCGACUGCGAGCUUCGGCCAGCGGCUGCUUGACUCGGCGCGGGCGCACGGCGAGCUAGAACUGAACCAGUUGCGUCUGGAGCACCGCGUGCUGCGGCACCAGACGCAGCAGGCGCACCUGCCGCCGGACGCGCAAAUGCAGCGCCAACUGCAGCACUCGCAGUACCAGCACGAGCGGCCGCCGCUGCCCAAGCGGAUCAGCCUGCCGGAGGCGCUGGAGGAGGCGGCCAUGCCGCGGCCGCCGGCGCUGCAGCAGCAGUUGCUGCAGCACCGGCUGCUGCAAAAGCGGCAAAUUCUGCAGCGCCAGUCGGCCGCCCCCGCCUCGGAGGCGUCGCUCCGCCGCCACAUGGUGCGCCAGGCCUCCUACAAGAUGGCCCAGCAGCAGCAGGUGGUGCCGCCGCUGCCCGCAGACGCGCUCGCCGACGAAGAUUCGUGGCUCGCCCUCCCGGGACUAGCGGCCGCCUGCUCCCUCGGCGACCCCGACAACCCCAUAGUCGGCCCUCAGGGGGCCACCUAUUCGACUUGGCAUCAGCUAUCAGCGCCGUACGUACCUGGGAGUCUAGCAUGGCAGCCUUUGGGUCUGGGUUCGAGCCCCAUGCAGCCGGUGAGCGAGAGCCCGCUGUUGGAACUGACCGAGCAAAUGGAGUCCAUGUGAGAAUCAACCGCACUGCUGCUUAAAUCCCUCAGUCAAUUGGACACUAGAUACAGUGCUAACAAAAAGUGACUCAAAAACGAGACGAGUGAAUAAAACAUAGAAGAGACGGGAGUGACGAGGCGCAGUGGGAAUAAAAUGUAUUAAAAAAACAACAGAUGAAGGUGUACUAUCGCAGGGACGAACGAGUGGAAAUGCAAAUCGAGGUGACUGGACAUAAAUUCAUAUUCAUGUGACACGUAGCAAUAAAGAACUCGAUAGAUAAGUGGCAACAACCCAUCAAAUCUCUCAUAUCCAAGUAUGUUAUAGUGUCAGGAGGCCUCGACUCGGCGUAUUCACUGUCGCUUUUAAAAUAACUAAAAGGCAUGACCACUCAAACAGCGAGAACGUGAGUGGUUGCACGACACAAAAUUUUUACUCAUUUUCCACGCUGUCAAUUUCGAUUCGAGUGAGAGGCCUCCUCAUAAUCUUCAUUGUAAACGUGCGCGCUGUUGUUGUUGUUGUUCUGCUGGCCAGAGCGCCCCGAUCCCGUUUUUCAGUUUCAAAUUUCUAUAAGUGCAGCAUCAAAUAUUGUACUUCUCGAAGGCAAUCAGCCGCAGUCAAGAGGCUCGCAUCGAAUUUUUCUAAAGCGCACCCACGUGCUUUCUCUUUGUAAACAGUUGAAUAUGGUAGGGAGUGUGGACAAAUUCUGAAUUAUAUUAUAUAUUAAGAAACUUGUUCUUACGAAAAAAUGCGCACCAGCUUCUCUCUCGAAAAACACCAAAGGAAGGAUUUAAAAAAAAAUAGCAGGAUUGUUCCUAUUGCGGAGCUGCCACUGCACGGUGCUUUCUUUAUUUUGAUUAAUCUGAGUAGAUGUAUUUGUGCCGUGAACCGUGAGGUCAAGGAAGACAAGUUCGCCAAUUUUUCAACACGAAAAUAUACAUCAAAGGUUUUUACGCAGAAAAUAACAUCCGAUAAACAAACAUAAAAAUUUAUGAGUUUCCCACAUUUUUCUGAAAUUGACCCUGAUCAGUUUUAUUUGUCGCACAAGUUUAAAGAUUUCUAUAAAAAGUUCAAAAAGUCCAAAUACUUUGUGAAUUUAUCAUUAAAAAAAUCUUUUCAGUCGUCCCAGCAUUAAUUUUUAAACUUGCAUCAUAAAAUUGCGCAAAUGUUCAGAAACAUUGCAAGGACCAUUCACUUGUUAGGAAUAAAUUUCAUACCGAGAUACUUGUUCAAUUAAUCUAAAAAUAUUAUUUUCCCGCAUUCGGCCAAAGAUGUGGAAUACUUUGCGAUACCAAAAACAAAAAGCUCGCUAUUUUAUUUGAGCAUGGAAUUCCAACAUUUAGAACAAAAAUUCACUCUUGGGCAUAUUUUAAUACAAAAUAAUUAUUAAAUGGAUUUAAUUUUAUUAAAAUGGCGAAUAAACAGCAAAGGGCUUUUUCAAAAGCAGUUGGUUUUCUAUUUAAGGAAAUCGUAUUUUGAGUAAGCAGUGAAAAAUGUUUUUUCGACAAUUCAUUAUUUAGUGAACUUAACUCUUUUGACACAUUUCAUUGGUGCUUCUGUAAAGGAUCAGUAAAAAUCAGUUUAAAAAAUUAUUGGCAGCUCCGAUUAGCGCAAGAGGCAAAUUCACCCUACGCAAUUUGUACAAUAUUCGCUUUCGCUGGUGUGUCAUUCGUGGCGGGCUACUAUUCUGCAUCGACAAGGUUAUUAAAAUAAUAAAAAAAGAGUACAGGCCCUCAACAAUAAGCGCAUUGUGUAGUGAUCUUAGCGGGUAGGCAGCUGUAUUUCUGUGUACUGUCUAGUCAGAGGGGGACACGAAUUUGCCCUCGAAGCUCAGACACAUUAGACGGAGUCUAUGUGAUAGUUGAAAUUUUUGGACUCGGAUAUCAUCAUUUGAUAAUGUUCCGUUCCUAAGUAACACGAAAAAAAAUACAAAAUCCACACGUAUAAUUCACCUUAUUAAUCAGGGCGUUGCUGCCCGCAUUUUUUAACAGGAAAAUGUUAACACACUUGUUUAAUAUAACCAAGCAAAGUUAUGGUUGAUUUGCUGGAUGUUUCGCUUCAAGAGACUAAAAUGUGUUGUGUCAGGGUAAAAAUAUACGGGAAAGAGGUGCGUAGAAGUGAUUCAACCAAAAUAUUUUUACCCGCUGCACAAUCCGACUACAAUAAUCAUCUGAAGACGACGAUUACGAAUGAUUAAAAGCAGUUGACCAAAAAUA